GCCGUCCUCGUCGGAAGAUACAGCAACGGAAAGGUCUGGGCCAUCUCUGCCAAGAACUCCGCCACCGGAACUGAGAUGUUCGGAGGAAGAGUUGACGAGUCUGACCUCACCAUCCGCGAUCCCCAGUGGGGAACCAAGUACUCCCUCGUGAACGGAGAAGUUGUUGGAAAGUGGUGCCCCUCCCCCCCUGUUCUCGGCGCUCUCAUCGGAGCUAUUUUCCCCCCCACCGGCGUUUGGGUUCCCCAGGUCCGCGAGCAGGGCGGAUAUGUUGAGGUUCUCCUUGAUGUCAACGCUAAGGCCGAAUUCGAGAAGAAGUACUGGAAGGGUAUCUUGGACGCUCAGGGCAAGGCUGACGGAGGAUACUAUUAA